AUGAGUGAGGAGGGCACUGUACUUGUGCGCCACUGCUACACCACUCCAGGUGUCACAUGCAAUGUUGAUUUCGGUGGGCAUUGCGAAGUAAUCUCCGAGUAUGCUGUUGUGUUGAGUGCGACUGUGGACGACUUGGAGCAUGUGCAUGAGUCUGCCUUGGGUGGCGAGGGUGUGGACAGGUGCCACACGCUCCCUCCAACAUUUGGUUGGGUCGUCAAGCCUUGGUACUGGCCGCACGUGGUGUCAAUCAGCAACGCCAACGCUCACGGUUGUCGUGAUGUCCUUCUCUCCUCUACCGCCAAAUGUCAUCCUACUGCACGGUGUGCAGGCAGAUCAGAUAUUUGA